UGUGUGUGUCAUUUAUGGGAAGUGUAUGGUUCUCUUAUUGAGCUAAGGCCAAUCUGGCAACUUACACUAUUUAAUUUAUUCACCCAUCAAAGAAUUUCUUGUUAUUGCCAAAUAUGGCAACUGACGACGAACUUGCUUGUGUUUAUAGUGCUUUGAUUCUUCAAGAUGAUGAAGUUACAAUCACUUCAGAGAAAAUCAACACUAUCUUAAAAGCUGCAAAUAUGACCGUGGAGCCAUACUGGCCUGGUCUCUUUACUAAAGCUUUAGAAGGUAUGGAUUUGAAGCAGCUGAUCACCAAUGUAGGUUCUGGUGUUGGGGCUGCUCCUACUGGUGGAGAUCCUGGUGCCAAGGGAACUGCACCAGCUAAAGCUACAAAAGAAGUUAAGAAAGAAGAGAAACAUGAAGAAUCUGAGGAGGAGAACGUAUGUAUGUGUUUCGGUAUGUUUGACUAAACAUUCUCCAAGUAGUGGACCAUAAGCUUUGUUUACGAGACUUUUUUGUAUGGUUAAGUGAUACUGAUCAUUAAAGAAAAUUAAAAUAUCUU